GACACUCGAUCGUUUCGUUCGCAAGCUUCGUAGGUCAAGCGUCAUUGCCGAGCGACAAAUGUCGAACUUGCGACUCGUCUGACUUGACGCGAUCGGGCGAGGCACGGUUAACCGAACAUUUAAUCAACAUCGGGAAUCCCGGGUCUCGUGGGUCACACGUGUGAUUACCACAUCCCGCAGAUGUAUCCAGUUCACGAGCGAGCGCGAAGCCCAGCCCCGCCGACGAGCAGCAGAUCAGAGCAGAUUCAGCAGAAAGACUUCAACCACUGUUCGACCACGCCGGCCUGACAUUCGACAAAGCUUCCUGUCGAACGCAAAGGCUCGAUAUCUGAUUCUUUUAACCAAACGGCUUCACCCACACGCGCCGACAUCGUAGAAUGGUAGAAGGUGAACCCGAUACAAAGCGCAAUAUCAAGUGUGAUGUAAAAGACGAGCGACUAAACGGUUGCGGUUCUAAGGAACUCGAACUUGCCUGUAUCGGAUUAAAAGGCAAAACACUCGAUCCAGAGAAGGGAUCCUAUGUUCAAGCUGAUUUUGAAAAGGCCAUUGAACUAAGCGAAUAUGGCAAGUUUCACUACUUCCUACUCGCGGUGUGCGGCUUUGUCAGCACCAGUGAGGAGAUGGACGUGAUCUCUAUGUCCUUCAUCUUACCGAGUGCACAAUGUGAUCUGAAGCUCGACACUCAAGCAAAAGGAUGGCUCAACUCGAUCAUCUUUAUCGGGAUGAUGGCCGGAGCGUACGCUUGGGGUUCCAUAGCGGACGCUCUCGGUCGUCGAAAGGUCCUGAUCGCCAUCUCGUUCAUGAACGCUCUGUGCAUUGUUGCUUCUAGCUUCAGCCAAACGUAUGAGCUCUUCAUGUUGUUCCGUUUCCUGAACGGUGCAGCGCUAGGAGGUAGCGGACCGGUCAUCUGGUCGUACUUCGCUGAAUUUCAGCCGAAGUCAAAACGCGGUUCCAUGCUGUCAUUCAUGGCAGCAUUCUGGACGUUGGGGAACCUUUUCGUAGCCGGCUUGGCAUGGUUGAUCAUCCCUAGGGAGAUGGGUUUUACGAGCACAACAUUCACGUACAAUUCUUGGCGAAUUUUUCUGUUGAUUUGCGCUAUUCCAUCAUUCGUUGUAACGGGAUUGCUUCUGUUACUCCCUGAAUCUCCCAAAUACCUCUUGUCUUCAGGAAAAUACGAAGAGGCACUUGAAAUUUUUCGCAAGAUAUAUGUUAUUAACACCGGCAAACCACGCGAUUCCUACACGGUAAAAGAAUUAAUUCUCGAUGACUAUCCAGACUCAAAUCCAGUAAAAGACGACGUCGAAGAAAAGAGCAAGUGUAAAACUAUGCUGGGUGACAUCGUGGAGAAUAGUAGACAAUUAUUUGUGACACCUAUACUUCGCUUCACAAUAAUAUCGAUCGUUAUUAAUUUCACCUUCCAUAUCGGUUACUACGGUCUGAUGAUGUGGUUCCCUGAGCUGUUUAAUCGUUUCGACGAGUUCCAUCGCGAUCAACCAGGCGAAGUAGCCUCAAUCUGCCAGGUUACCGAUUAUGUUGUUAACAAGGGUUCGCACAGCGUCGAGAAUGUUUGCUCCGAUAAAAUCGGAGCUUCUGUCUUUAUGGAAUCUCUCAUCACAGUAGCGUCUGCCAUACCUGCCAAUAUCAUCGCUGUUUUGGGAAUGGAUCGCCUUGGACGUAAAUUCUUUCUAGUGUUCAGUACAUUUUCAUCAGGACUAUGCUCGAUCGGCUUAUAUUUUGUGUACAACAAAUAUCAGAAUUUGACUGUGUCAGCUAUCUUCAGUGGUGCGAUAAGUUGUGGUAAUGCAGCAUUGGAUUGUCUCAUUACCGAGGUAUUUCCGACACAACUGCGUGCUACCGGGAUCGCCAUCUCGAUGGUCGCCGCUCGUCUUGGUGGGAUAAUUGGUAAUAUCGUUAUAGCCCAACUCUUGGAUAUGUAUUGUCCAGCACCGACCUUCAUAGUGGCGGCUCUUCUAAUUGGAGGAGGUUUGCUGUGUUUAUUCCUACCCAACACAACGCGUGAACCACUUUCCUGACCUCAGCGAAAAUCCAUCCCAAUCGGGCAGUAAUUGAUUGAUUAUUUAUCUUCUGUCCAGUACAUAAGUGCCGUUGAAUUUUAUGGAAUCCGAAGUAAACGAAACGAUUGCAAAAUAGCGUUGCAGAAAUUUAAAGUUUGAAAAAUAUUCUUAUUUCGCCAAGUAAGAGUAGGAAAUUAGAAUUUCUGCUGUUUAUAAUAUAAUCCUUAUUAUAAUAGGUAAAAGAGAAAAUAUAAAACACAUUGUUUAAGCAGAACGUUGUAGCGAAAGUUUAAUGGAAGUGACGAAACUAGAAAACGAAUAUCUAGUUUGAUACAUGAUACACAAAUUAGGUGUCUUAGUCGAAUUUUAUACAUAUGCUGACAUUAAUCAUAUUAUUUAAAAAUACCGUAAUUAAAUCCUUGAACUAAUUGCGAUAUAUAAUAAAUAUAUUUUCCUAUAAUAUAUUCUCUUUCGAUUGAAAAUUGAGACUAACACUAAAUAAAUUUGUUAUUACAUUAUGUCGCAUUGGACGUAACUGACAUAUUGAUGUAGAAAAAAAAUUAAAAGAAAGUAACAUAUUC